AUGGGUAUACGCGAUAUUCUUAAGAAGAAGGAUGACCUCUCAACAGGCCAGCCCCCGGAAAAUGACACCGUCAACCAUCUAGCAGCCCCCGAAUUCACAAUCAUCCGCUCCGACACCUCAACCCAAGAGCGCAUCUACCCGCCGUCUAUGAAGUCCGUCGAUAACCUACACCUCGCGGUCCAAGAAGCGAAAGAGAAAGAAAAGCCCCGACGAUCUCUCGAUGUCUUCCGCUCCGGCCGAGCCCGCUCUGGCUCCGAGUCCAGUCAGACAAAGAAAGAGAGUGGCGCCCGUCGUCUAUCGCAGCGUCUGCACCUGAAGCGUGCUCCGCCCUCGUCCGAGAACGUCCCCGAGAACCUACCCGACAUCGUCACCACCGAUGCCCAGGACGAGUCGCAGUGGGAGAAGCGCGCGACUAUGCUGGCGGGCCAGAACAACCGCGCCAGGAGCAACAGCAGACCAGGGACACCCUCAGACGGCAACAAGGAAGAGCAUGCAGUCUCGUCGCAGCAGAUCGAUCAGGACAUCCAGGAGGCAAUUCGUCUUCACGAAGAAGGAAGGCUGGAGCUGUCAACGCGUAUGUUCGGACGGCUGGCUGAUCCCCAAGGCGCCAAUAAUCCGCUGAGCCAAGUGCUGUACGGCCUUGCUUUAAGACACGGAUGGGGUUGCGCACCGGAUCCAGAGGGCGCUGUCAAGUAUCUUUCAGCUGCAGCCUCCAAUUCCGCAUCAAUUGAGCAGAUGGCUCUCCAGGCGGGUAUGAAAAAGGGCGGAGCUGCAAAGGGAGAGCUCGUCCUAGCUAUUUUCGAGCUGGCAAACUGCUUCCGACAUGGCUGGGGUAUCAAUAAAGACGCCUACGCCGCCAAGCAGUAUUAUGAGACUGCGGCGAAUCUAGGAGACACAGAUGCCAUGAAUGAGAUUGCCUGGUGUUACGUUGAGGGCUUUGGGUGUAAGAAAGACAAGUUUGCAGCAGCCCGGUAUUAUCGACUGGCCGAGAAGGCCGGCCACAAAACACUAGGGAACUCUUGGAUCUGGAAGGAAAAGUACGACCCUCCGGGCGAGGGCAAUCGCAAGUAG